UCUGAGUGAUUUGGCAAAGGCCCAGAAUCAAGCCAGAGGCCACUGCCGCCUUGUUUAUGGGAAACAAGUCGCGCGACUGAGAAGGGGCUGCCAGAAUUUUUUUUUCAAAAAAAUUUUUUUUUUUUAAUUUGUUCUUUUUUUUUAUCACCCUACAUCUCAGGACGGACAUCCCGGAGCUUGUGCAGCUCGCUAAUUCUAUUACUGAAAGUGGUUCCUUCCGGCUUCACUAGUGGUCGCGACCCUCAGUCUUAGCACAGAUGCCAAUCAAGCUUCCCAAAGGCUUUGCCCGGCGUAAAUCGUCUGGCAACGCCUUAGAAGAGGUGGAAAACCCUCCCCAACAGUCUUUCCGCGUUUUUGAGCGCCCGUCGAUCGAAAAAAAAUCCUAUAGUGAAGGCAAUCUUUUGGCGAAAAGGCUAAGCGACGGGCAGCGGUUUUAUCCACCAGCAGAAGAUUCAGACAACAUCUUCGCAGGGGUUGACAGCCCAGGUCAGAGGAACCUAAGCUUGCAUGAGCGUCCAAAGUCCGCAAGAUUUCACUCGCCAACACACCAUCCCACCGAUGGACUAAAUCCAUCUGACACUCAGGCAUCUCACUCCCGAAAUCUGUACGAUAUACCGAUUCCCCCUCUCUCUGGUGCACUGCGAGCCGCUGGUCGAACCUUUUCCUUCGGUGGCAGAUUUUCAAAGGCCACAGCACCAACCCCUUCGCCCCAACCCUCCACCCCAGGCCCCUCUAGAAGUCGAGCGAUGACAGCCAGCACGACGAGUACAGCGACUCCCCCGAAAAUUCUAGAUACGGACUUGCAAUUUGGUCAAGGGGAGGACGAAUUUCAUAAUAUGUUCAACGAAGUUGGGAAACGUGAGGCUUCUCGAGAUAGAACGGGAGAUAUGUUUUCAUCUUCCCCUCCAGAAUCGGCAGCCCGCAAGCAGGAAAAGAUACCGCGUCCAACUCCUAUCAAUACCGACCGAUCGAAGGAAAUUGAGCCCUCACCAUACUCCUGGGAUAGCCGACACUCAGGAGAGGGUCUUCUAAUGUCAAGCGAUUCGCCCCAGGACGAUAGCUCGGAAAUGCAGCAGAUAGUACAUUCUCAUCCUAUGUCUCCAGGGGACCGCCGAAAGUCCUUACCCUUAUCAAGCGCAGUGCCGGCGACAACUACUUCACAUCGUUCGCUGGAAAAACCUCAGGUUGUGUCUGAUAAAAGUCUGAGGAGGAGUGUUCUGUAUGCAAACAAACGAGCUUCUACACCCGUUGAAGAUGAAGAUGCCAAAUUAAUCAUGGAGUCUCUAUAUACCCAUAAAAGAAGCUCGCAGGUUCUGUUAACAUCUGAGCAUGGGGAUUCUGACGCGGAGCAUGACACUCCACUCUUCAGUAACGGCCAUACAAAUACCGCUGAUCGCUCUGACCGUUCGGAUGCUGUUCCAACGCUCGCAAACAAAUCUCUGGGAGUGGCUGAGGACCAUCCCGACCCUUCUAUAGCACUCCAUGCAAGACUUGCUGCGCAGUACGAAGAAAGGCAACCUGCACCGGCAACGUCGAAUAAAGUCAUGACACCUUCGCAAUUCGAACAUUAUAGGCAACAGCAGGAGCUCAGAAGAUCUAACAGUGACCUGUCCAAGAGCGAGGACUCUGCAGAGAGCGAUUUCGAUGAAGAGGACGAAGCAGAAAAAAACCGCGAAGUAGAGAGGCAGCGACGGAAGCAGGAGGCUCAUCUUUCGGUGUAUCGACAGCAGAUGAUGAAAAUGACCGGCCAAGAUACCCCAACAUCAGCACUCCGUCCAGAGGCAGAUCGGGUCAAUAACAGUGCGCCGAACCUGACAGUUACACCAUUGAACCCGGGUACUAGAUCAGGCAGUGGGAAGAGUAGUGAGGGCGAUGAGGACGAGGAAAUUCCCCUAGGAAUCUUAGCAGCGCACGGGUUUCCCAAUCGGAAUCGGCCUCCUAGCCGCCUUGUCCCUUCUAACUCUAUACCCAACCUUCGAGCUUCAUUUCACCAACCUUACAUAUCAUCUUCAAGUUCUGUUGCAGAACAUGAACCUGGUAACCGUUCCAGCCUCCCUGUUUUUGCCAGAAAUCUGCCACGGGAUCCGUACUUUGGAGCAAGUCUAGUCAAUUAUUCUAAUAGAGAAUCUUUGGCUCUAGGAGGUGGUUCAUCGGUUUACGGGGGUCCAUCAGUUGCCGCUAGUCCCUCCCCUGCAUUGCCACCAGGGGGCUUGGUAGGGGUGAUUGCUACGGAGGAGCGAGCAAGAGCAAUGAGAAGAGGCAGUCCCAAUACACAAGCUAUGUAUGAAUUUCAAGGUGGGCCGUCAAUGGUUCCUACUCCGCCUAGUGGAAUCCCCAGGCCCUACACUAUGAUGAGUAUGAACCCUUCAGGCCCAGCUGGACCUCCACAAGGAGUCUCUGCUACAGAGCAGGCACAGAUACAGCUGUCGCAGCAAAUGUCGAGUAUGAUGCAGAUGCAGAUGCAGUGGAUGCAGCAGAUGAUUCAGAUGCAGGGUGGACAGGUUCCAUCUCAACAACCAAUUCCACCUGUAGGCUUACCUGCUACAGCCGCGGCUACCGCAGAUAUGAGACCCUCUUCAAUGCCCUCGGCUGGAGGAAUCAACAAUGCUCCUCCUGGUUAUCACAACGAUCAAAGAACACUUAGCAUGCUUGAUCCAAACGUUUCUUCUCGCCUUAAUAGCCCAGCGAUGCCGUACGCUGUGGGAGGCAACCGCCCAAGUACGCCAGCAGGACAGGGCUAUGCUCCGUCCAUUGCCCCAUCAGAGCGCAGCAAUGUUGGGCUGGCGCCUCGGUAUAGGCCUGUGUCGAUGUUACAGCCAGAACCUGGAUCAGCUGCUUACCCCUUUGUGUCAAAAUCGUGGAAUGAUGAGAAUCACAAGUCGACCCUCUCUGUUGCUUCGCCGGAUAGAUCACAGUCAAUCAUAACGGCUACCCAUCCAAUAUCAAGCGGUGGUAAACCCGCAAUCUCUAGCAAUAUGGUUCAUAGCGCCGACCCAGACGACGACGAAGAUGAAGGCUGGGCCGAAAUGAUGAAGAAACGAGAGAAAAAGCGCAGCAAUUGGAAAAUGAAGAAAGAGACGUCGAGUUUUGGAGAUUUGUUGAAUGUGGUACAUUAACGGAAUCGGUGGAUAAUUUCUUCUUGCCGGUCAUGUUACGAGUAUAUUUUCGUCGCAUACACUUGCGCUUCACUAAUUAUUUCCCUCAUCUCUCAAUAUAUUCUUCGAUGGUGGUAUAUGAACCAGAACUUGUUUGGUUAAUUUCUGUUUCUCUUUUCUUUUCUUCUCUGUGCCCUGUAAGGGGAGAAAGGCAAGGUUGGCGUUUGAAGGUUAAGGAUUUUCCUCUCCAUAUUAGUGAUGUUUCUCAAGUGUGCUCUUCAGCUUUCAGCGCUUGUGCCUUGUGUAUUCG